CCAACAUCGCGAAAUUACUUUGAAAGCUCGCAUAGCGAGUGCGAUUACUCGGUCGGGUCGUGAAUUAGGAACGUGUUGGCUCGAGAGAGCGGAUUCGAGGCCGAGGUCGAAAGGUGUCGGACGGAGAGCAUCACGCCGUCGAAGGAGACGUCGCGUGGCGUCGCAUGCCUGAAUCAACCACGUCCCGAACGAGUGGAGAUAAUAACCUUCGUGGAGGGACCUUGACGUAUCGCCGCCGCCGCCGCGGCACACAUCGCGUUACACCGUGAAUAUUUCAAUACAGUAUCGAUCUACCGCGUGUGGAACACGUGUGUCUUUCUCUAUCUUUCUAUCUGUCUACCCUUCUAUGUCUCUUUUUCUCUUUCUGUUUUUCUACAACCCUGUGGCUGUGUCUCGUUGUUCGUAGAAAAGUCUUCCCUUUCAUCCCGCGCAGUGUACGCCGGACUGCUAUUAUGUGCGCUAUCACUGUCGCCCCGUGGAUCUUAUCUGCGACGUGUGCGUGUGUCGCGUCACAGGUGUGAAUAUUUCAGCAGGCUGAAAUCGACCUGCCGUGCGCGCGGAACACGUGUUUGCUCGCGAUACCGAUCGCUGUUCUUUCGAUAUUGCCGAUCGAUGUUACGUUGCUAUUUUCCGCGCGACUUCAACUUACCGGAGCGUCCACGAAAGGGAACAUCCUAGUCGCGAAAUCGUUGAUGAAUUUGCCCGAGAAGCGUGCGUCGUUUCGAAGAUCGCCUUUGCAAGUUGCAGAUACUAUUAAGAAGAAAACUUCGCUAUCCAGCGUUCGCUCGCACGCGAUUCGUGCGAAACUGAUAGAAGCGAGGUGCAAAUGUCGCGUGUUCGCGAUUGAUGAAGUCACAGCCGCUCCUUUGCUGGGCUCGUCCCGUUGUGGUGGAAGACUCUCGAAUCCGAACUUUGCCGUCAAUCGCGUGUAGUGUGAAUAUUACAAUAUGAGAUCGAUCGAUUGCACGGAGAACACGUGUUUCACAAAUGCCUGUGUACCGUCUCUGUGACUCUGACUUUAUUUUCCUCUGUUCGUCUACGCGAUGAGUCGAGCGAAUGCGAUGUGUCCAACGUCCACGAAUAGCCGCGAUACGGAAUACGGUGCUUUUGCACAGCGGAUCGUGAAUCGUGCGAUAAGAAACUCGAGCACUUCCGGCGAACGGCGCAAUCGCCUACAUCAACGCGAGAGUAGAUGCAAAUGCUUAGCAAUCGUCACUUUCCGUUAUUUCGCGCUUUACCCUUCCCACGUGGCCGUGCGCUCACGCCAAUCGAGCUACUCGUGAAUAUUUCAAUACACAGCAUCGAUCUAUAAGCAGAGCAAAACAGACAUUCUGCGUGCUCGAGUUGUUUCUCUCUCUCCCUCUCUUCCUCUUUCAUACACGCCGAUAACAUUGUUGUUUCAUCCGAUGCAUGGCACGAUCGCUGUAAAAGUCUACGCGAUAUGCGCGUGAAAUCCUUUAUUUAUUCCGACGCGUUUUAAGUCAAUCUUUGACUCUCACCCCGAUUUAAAUAUAUCACGAUUUACUCGCGAGAGAUCUCGUCGAAAAUGUUGUACAUAUUACAAUUGUAGAUAAUAAACAUAUUGUAGAUUACAAUAAUGUAAUCUACAAUAUAUACUUGUACCCCGGAAAAACAAGGGAUAUUUUUCGCAGCGCGAACGCGGUAUGCCCUCGUGGAUUGCGUGAAUAUUCCGUGCACUACGCGAAUCUGUAUCAUAUAUAAAUUGCCCCCCCGAAAUAUAAUAAUUCGACAUUUUUGUCGUAUCCAAUCGUUACACUACGUGUCCUCUCAUCAUAUCAUAGGUCGUUCAAAAUAAAAAGGAACAAAAAAAUAUCCGCAAAUCUUUCCAUUGUUCUCCGCUAUGCAAGAGUACUUCUCUCGAUCAAACGUGGUUGACCCUAGCAGUAGUCGGUGCUGUCACUCGUUAAUGGCAUUCCGACAGCAAUGAUAGACGACCGUCUCGUCCUUGUUCAUGUACAUCUGCAUAUUAUCCGCGGAGACAGCCGCUCGCUCGCUCGCCGUGUAAAACUCCGAAAUUUGCAUGGAGUUCGACCGGUCUCGCCCCUUCAGUAGUAGCAGAGGCUCGUGGUCGGCCGAGUUUAGCGCGACGGUUCGAGACGAGAAAACGUCCGCGAAAUUAGCCUCGCGCUUAUUCCGAGGGAAUACAAAAUCCGUUUGCCACCAAGCUGUGCGCGUUCGCAUUUUGCAUCGCGUUGCGCGAGAAACGUAAGAUCUGACCGUUCGCCUUCUCAGUGGUAACAGACGCUCGCGGUCCGGCAAAUUUUGCACAAUUUCGCGCAGACUUAGAGCGGGAAAACCUCCGCGAAGUUAGCCCCGUCCUGAUAUUUUGCGGUGGAAUGAAAAAUCUCCGUAUUCUGCCGAGUUGUGUUCAAACACUUUCUAUGGCAAACAUCAAGAUCGAUCGGACAUUUCCUGUGUGAUGCUCGGAAAUGAGCUGGUUACGUUAAAUGUUUUACAGUGACUAUCGCUUGUGACGUAUCUUUGUAGUCACCAUACGACAGUUCUCGCAGCGUAGUACACGCGGUAAGCUCAGGGUUUAAAUCUCGAUCCCGGCACUUGCUUUAACCAAGAAAAGUUGAAUUCUCUCCGCGCUACGUGACUCGACGGCGGAGCGAGAUCCGAGGAUUCCCUGGCGCGCAACGCCGGGAUAAAUUCUUUCCCGGUUCAUUGUCGCAGUGACGCAGCGUUCGCGCAGCUGUUGUUUUCUCUCUCUCCCUCUCUUUCGCACGUAAUUACCAACUAAAACGCUCAAGUGAUCUACCUUUCCGGCCCGGCACUUCCGUCUGUUUCAGACAAACCGGGGUAGAAUUUUCGCGCCGUUACACGCCCAACGUCGGGACACCGGGAACGCGAAUGAUACAUCGCGACGCGCCGCGAUUUAUACCGAGUGAAAAGCCCUCGCUCUUUCCGUUCCUCGGAAAACUCGCGCCAACAUCUCUCGCCCACCAGUUUGAAAGUAACACUUUGCAUCGAUACAAGGAAAAAUGACCUCGUCGCAAACUAAAACCCGCACACAGUCGCACACUUCCAGCUAUAGAUCGGAUGAAAUAAUAAAAAGACGUUUACCUCGUUAACUAAUUUGCAUCGAUAUACGUAGGAGUAAAUCGAGCACGUGUUUCAAAGAAGUUGCUAGUCCGCGAAAGUUUCAGCUCGCGCUCCGCCAAGUAAAUCCGGAAGCAUUUCAAAGUACGCGCCGCGAAUUCUAAAUUUACCGAUCGUCUCAUCGGAGAUUCUUCGUGAAAUUUUAACGCCAUCGAAGCGCGCCGUCGUUGUAACGUCCCGGCGCAAGAUUCGUCGAGUAACCCGCGCUUCAACAUCACAGCAAACACUUCUGUAAACCCUCACCCUCUAGUCGCGUGUGCCGUUGAUGUCGGCUCGGGAAUUAAGUGUAUUUGCGGGCUGGAAGCUUAUUCGUUUUAGAUUGGUAUAUCCCCUCGGUCGCGUAGGAGAUCCGUUCUAAAAAUAUUUGAGGAAGCCUAGUCAAUACAAAUUGUACCCCUCGCCUCAUUAUUGAAUAAAACACUGAGCAUUAAACCGCGCGGAUCGAAGCCGAUCUCUCGUUUUCACGCACCUAUGCCUGCGCCGUGUGCUAUCGUGACAAAGCGGUCUGCUUUAGAUCAAUCGAGAGACUCGCUAUUAAAGUUCGUGCCGUUCCCACGACGAGACAGUUCUCCCUCGAAGAGGCGAACGUCAGUUGACUCGCGCGUCGCGUCGCUCUUAAUCCGACUCUGCGCAUUAACACUUCGCGGACAAUCGAGACUCUUCAUGUUAAUUAAUCCGGGAUACAGAGUGGGAAUGUCGCGAGGGACAUCUAUUAACUGCCUCGAGCCCGAAUGCGUUCACGUAAAAAUUGAGUGCGCAAAUCGUCAACUGUUAGACAUGGGAGUCGAUUAAACAUCAGAUAAUUCGAUACCACUAAAGACUGGAUUAAACAGUUCAACAUGGCUAUUUUCGUAAACAAUGAAAUUAAUAUCCUAUCCGAUCGACCCGACGACGCGAGCUCUUUGUCGUCAGUUGCAAUGUAUCGGACUGAAGGGAAACGUUAAAGACGGACGAGGCGCGCCGUGACCUUGCGCGCUGAAAUUAUCGUUAGUUUCGUUCGAUAACCUCAACCUAUUCGAUACACACUGCCACACGAUUCCGCUAAAUCCGUCGCGUUGUAAAGGUCCUACGCAAAAGCAACGGAAGGUAGCCUCGGAUCGAGAAUCGACGGGCUGGGAAUAAUAGCUCGACGAUUUCCCGCGCGUUUCUUUUAAUCUUUUGAUUACUCUUCUUUUCUCUUCUCUUCACGGUUUUUCGUGUAUUGCACGGCGAUGAUAUACGUCACAAUGAAGCUUGUUUGAAAAGUGAAAGACUAUCGACGCUAGGUGUAUCAUGCGACAGCGAACUCCACGACACGUUGUUUGUUUAUCCGUUGACAGUUGUGUGCAAAGGAACGAGUCCGUCGCUGAUGUUUACAUGAUCGUAUUAGUAACGUUUUGCGUAAACGCGAGUUGCGACCGGUGACUUACGCGAGCUACCCUCACGAGUGCGCGUUCUUCGACGCGAACAGCGGACUAAACUACACUCGAGAAGGUGGCGCGACGACAACCUAAUUCACAUCGGAUAUAAAUUCGCGGGGUCUCUUCGCUUUAGCGCGCUUCCGCGAGUUCGUUUCACCGGGAUUCGCAAUCCACGUCGUCGCACGAGCGGCCUGAUGAUCCAAAUGUCGCACGACGAGCCGCCACGACGAUUCCACCCUGGCUCAAGCGCGACCAAGUCGUACGGCCAGGUCGGCGUUCGUGACGCGUCGAGAUCGUUAGUCUCAUAGCACAGACCGCUAUGAGUUAGACGGUCGUCAGCGUGUCCAGAACCGUACAAAAGGCAAGCAAUAAAAAAAAGAGGGCAAAACAGCCCUCGUCGGAGAAACCGCAAAACCCACACGAGAUCGUAAUACCGGGAUUUAGGGAAGUUCUAGAGAAACGCUAUAAGCAUCCCUACACCUCGCCCCCCACCCCUCUUUGUGAUCGUCGCACACCGUCACCGCCACUGCCACUCUUCCACGCGCAUCCUCGAGCACCCGCCGUCGGCCGAGAAAAUGUAUCGGCUCGCAUAACAGCAAAAAAAAAUAAAAAAAAAGAGAAAAGUAAAAAAAAACAGCCAAGAAAUAGAAACGCAAAAAAAGAUACCACACCCACACCACACACAUUGCGAGAACGCCGACAGCGAGAGCCCCGAGACCCGAGCGCACCGAAUCAGUCAUGAAUCUUAUGUUCCGCAAGAACUUCGGGGCCGAGAAGGGACCCAGUGGUGGCGGCGGAGGAAGUGGAGGAGGACUGGGGGAGGUCAGGCCCGUCCUGGGCGCCACUUACAGUACCCCCGGGGGGCCCUCGUUCGGCCAGUUAGGGACGCGUUUUGGCGCGGCGCGCGGCGGCGGCAUCGGCGGCGGCAUCGGCGGCCAGUCGGUGGUCGGCGGCGCGCGCGGGCCUGUACGACGCAGCCGGGAGUUCGGAUACUUUCCAUCAAUGGGCGAUCACGAGCACCAGGGACACGGAUAUCGCACUCACCUGUUCCUAUCGCCGCCCGCAGGUGGGACGCUCGGCUCGCCGCCCGAAGACUCGGGUGAGCGGCUGGGCCCGCCGCCGCGUCGUAACUCGGGCCCGCAUGUGAUCAAAUGGGGUGGCGGUGGGCCAGUCGCCUCCGCGCAGGGCGCGCAGACCGCCAGCCAGGCCAGGAGGAAGCAGAACCAGAUCGGUCAGCAGAAGGAAACUUCCGACCCGCCGACUCCGACCGCGUCCAGGCAGGUGUCCUUCAGUGGUAAUCGUGCUUCCGGUACCUACACGCCCCUCGUAGUUUCCGGAAACAGUCCACCGCGAGGCGAACCAAUCUCCUUGGCCACCUUGGACCGCGACUGUUUUAUCAUACCUCUCGCUUCUCUCGAGCGUUUUUUACCAGCGGGCGUGCCGCACGCUCCCGUCGCCGACAAGAAGAGACCAGGCAGUCCCUUGUCGGUUCUGGAGGUAGAGGAUCCGAAACAAUGUGUUCUCGCGCAUUUUAUGACGCCGCUGGAGGCUCUGGACCCUUUGGUCGAGUCUCCAGUGUCCCGUCCGCUGGUGCUGCAACGCGAUACAGCGGCGGAACUAGUCGCCGAGAUAGCCCCUUCCGCGUCGCAAAGCAUUUUGCUUACAAACAUGGAGAAGAACGCGGAUUUCCCGUUCAUCACGUAUUAUCUAAUAAACAAGCAGAACACGGACCCCGUGGACUUUUACAACGAAGUGCAAUGUGCGGCCCUACGUAAGUUCGAUCCCCGAGAUCUCAGAUACGCGGCAAGUCACACAUUGGAUCUGUUCAACGAGGUAGCGACCAUCGCGAGGCCGCCACUCGAGCCACCCGGUGGAAGACCGCCUAUUCCGUCCACCGGCUAUAUAGUGUCAAUUUUCAAAGUUUUCGAGGGCGACGAUGGCCUGAAGUUCGAACAAAAUUGGCUUUACUGGACAGGCGCGCGUAUGAUGUACCGAUAUCUGCCGAAAUCGGUGGGCCUCAGGCGCAUCACGUUGCACAAAUCGAUGUCGCAGGGCGACAAGAUGUAUCUGCUGAUCUGCGAGUGCUCGCAGCUGCAAGACAAUCUAUCGGCGGCGGCGAUACUUCUGCCGGCGCUUCGUGCACGCCUAUGCGGAUACACCGGACUCUACAGGCCUUCCGUGUGUUUCUGAUUCCUCACCCAGUUGUUAGAAUUUGCGAGAGACAUUGUUUCGAAUCGCAUCACGUGCAUCUCCGCAGAAAAAUCCGAGUGAAACGAUACGCAAUUAGAGCAGCAGCGGGUGCCAAGAAGGAAAACGCGACAUCGAUUUGCCAGAAUCGAAGAAUAUCGUAAUGAACGCCGCUAAUGAACGAGACACUGUGAUUUCCUAUCGUACUAUCUAUUAUAAGGAACGCAACUUCGUAUACGCUUUAGACAAGUCUUGUCGAAAAUCGACGAAACGGCCUGCAUGCUCGACUUAGACACGCCACUGGACCUGUUUGUAUUUUUCGACUUUACUAUUUCGUUCAUUAUGCAAGCGAGCUUUGCUCUGGUAGGGUCGCCGAACGAACGGAAAACAAGAUGGACGUGGAACGAUUAGCAAUAAAAAUCGACGUGACGGAAGAGGCUUGUAAUAUGCGUAACAUGAGGAAGGAUGUCCGAAAUGAACAAAUCAUCAAGUAUAGAUUAGAAUGUGAGAAUUUUUGAUUAUUUCGGAAAGUUAGAGCGAAAAGCAGAUAAUGAGAUACACAUUAACCGUUUGGAGUCGUUUGACCACCCUACGAGCAUCGCGACACACAAACAUAACGACACACGCGACAUACUUUUACUACUAUUGGUAAUUAUCGAAUAAUCGCUAACUACAUAUCAUACUCGAUAAACUGUGAUAUUCGGGCGAGCGGCGUAUAUAUCACAAUGGGAAAAAAACAUCCUCUUGAAACUAUUCUUGAAAUGCUACUCAAUUUUAGGUGACUUAGGCACGUGGUAGUUGGAACUUCGAAAGAUCGAUUCGCGGUAGAUUGCAACUUCAAGUCUCUUUUAUCGAUUAUCUUCGUAUUUGAUAACACAUAUCCGUACGCGGAUUAUUGACGCUCGCGGAAUUCGAUUGGCAGAAAGUGCGGAAAUGUGGGUAAAUUACAAAUAUUGCAAAUGUUGAAGUUCCGACAAAAUAUGCGUCGUACUCUGUGGCCUUUGUACUUUUGUCGCCAUAGAAAAAUUAUUUUUUUAUCGUUACAAAGUUUGCUCUCUCAAGAAAAUCUAUCAUAUUCACUAUCAUAUUCGAGAGAGGAGAGAUAGAUAGAGAGAGAUAGAACAGGCAAUAUUAAAUCACCCGUUUUUACGUUAUUUCAUAUUAUUUAACAAUAAUUUCAAUCGUUCUAUCGAAACAAAUUUACCAUGAAAGGUCGCGAAAAUUACUUACUUAUGAUCAUCACUUUGUUCAUACGAAUUGUUGUAUUUGAAUUGUACCAUUCACGAAUUUGUAUUUUACCCACGUUCAAUUUAAAGAUUUUCUCCAAGUACAUACGAGAGAGAGAGAGAGAGAGAGAGAGAGAGAGAGAGAGAGAAAGAGAGAGAGAGAGAGAGAGAGAAAGUAGAACGAAGGCAUACGCGGGAAAAGCUUAUGCAGAUCCCAUUUUUUAGGUGCCUAUAGCCAUUUUAGGGAGUGAGAGUAGCGUGAGUUGGCAUCGUAGUACAAAAAAAAAAGAAAAGAAAAAGAGAAAAAAGAAAAUCGUAUAGCCAAUAUACGCUUGUUGCAU